CCGGGGCGGGGUCUAAGCUGUCGCUGGGUUUGGCCGGGCGCGGGGCCAGCCGCGUAAACACCCAUCGAGAGUCGCGGAGAAACAGGUACCUGCGGAGGCGGGGCCAUGCUCACGUUCAUGGCCUCCGACAGCGAGGAGGAAGCAUGCAACGAGCGGACGUCCCUGAUGUCGGCCGAGAGCCCCACGCCGCGCUCCUGCCAGCAGGAGGCCAGGCAGGGCCCCGAGGACGGAGAGAAUGCUGCCCCGUGGCGAAACCAGGACAGCGAGGAGGACCACGAGGAGGACCCUGACCGCUACGUCUGCAGCGGGGUCCCCGGGCGGCUGCCGGGCCUGGAGGAGGAGCUGACCCUCAAAUACGGGGCGAAGCACGUGAUCAUGCUCUUCGUGCCGGUGACCCUGUGCAUGAUCGUGGUGGUGGCCACCAUCAAGUCCGUGCGCUUCUACACGGAGAAGAACGGACAGCUCAUCUACACGCCGUUCACGGAGAACACGCCCUCGGUGGGCCAGCGCCUCCUCAACUCCGUGCUCAACACCCUCAUCAUGAUCAGCGUCAUCGUGGUCAUGACCAUCUUCCUGGUCGUGCUCUACAAGUACCGCUGCUACAAGUUCAUCCACGGCUGGCUCAUCGUGUCCUCGCUGAUGCUGCUGUUCCUCUUCACCUACAUCUACCUCGGGGAAGUGCUCAAGACCUACAACGUGGCCAUGGACCACCCCACGCUGCUGCUGACCGUCUGGAACUUCGGGGCGGUGGGCAUGGUGUGCAUCCACUGGAAGGGCCCCCUGGUGCUGCAGCAGGCCUACCUCAUCGCCAUCAGCGCGCUCAUGGCCCUAGUGUUCAUCAAGUACCUCCCGGAGUGGUCCGCGUGGGUCAUCCUGGGCGCCAUCUCUGUGUACGAUCUCGUGGCCGUGCUGUGCCCCAAAGGGCCGCUGAGGAUGCUGGUGGAGACCGCGCAGGAGAGAAACGAACCCAUAUUCCCCGCCCUGAUAUACUCGUCUGCCAUGGUGUGGCCAGUGGGCAUGGCCAAGCUGGACCCCUCCUCCCAGGGAGCCCUUCAGCUCCCCUACGACCCAGAGAUGGAAGAAGACUCCUACGACAAUUUUGGGGAGCCCUCAUACCCUGAAGUCUUCGAGCACCCCCUGCCUGGCUACCCAGGGGAGGAGCUGGAGGAAGAGGAGGAAAGGGGUGUGAAGCUCGGCCUCGGAGACUUCAUCUUCUACAGCGUGCUGGUGGGCAAGGCGGCGGCCACGGGCAGCGGGGACUGGAACACCACCCUGGCUUGCUUCGUGGCCAUCCUCAUUGGUCUGUGUCUGACCCUCCUGCUGCUCGCCGUGUUCAAGAAAGCGCUGCCCGCCCUCCCCAUCUCCAUCACGUUCGGGCUCAUCUUCUACUUCUCCACGGACAACCUGGUGCGCCCCUUCAUGGACGCCCUGGCCUCCCGCCAGCUCUACAUCUGAGGGCGCGUGGCUCUGCGGCCGGAUGCGGCGGCCGACUGUAGCUGGACGCAGCCGUGUAGUUUUACACUCUAGUGCCAUUUAAGACUUCUCUCUCCUUAGGAAAAAAAAAAAAAAUCAAUGAGAAUAAAAAAGUACCGGGUUCACUUUGUGAAGGAGAACCAGCCUCUUGGUGCUCUAGCUGUUUCGCCGCCAGGCGCGGCUCGCCCCUCCGGGAGCAGCAGUCGCCGCGCUGGCGGGAAGCGGGGAGUCGAUCCGGGCGAAUGGAGGAUCCGGCGAAUGGAGGAUCCGGCGAAUGAAGGAAGGGGAACGCGGCGCAGGGGGAGGAGCGCGGAGAAGGCCCCCUGGGCGCGCCUGGAGCCCGACGUUCCCAAGGUCAAGAUGAAGGAAGGGGCGCGCGGACACCGGGACCGCAAUUGCACGCCCAGGGCAGCGCGGAACGCCUGGGCGCUCUGGCCCGAGAAGGAAAGCGCGUUUUCUCUGCAAGGACUGUCCCCGGUGCUUUGUCUAGGAUGUCAUUGUUAUUUUACUGCCUUUAGAAAUCCAGCCCUGAUCCUGUUACAGCAGUUCCUCGGGGAAAUGGCGCGAUAUUAGUAUUAAUAAAGAGACGAAUCCUG